CGUUUGCCUGGCAGCUUCCGUCAAAUCAAGUCUGUUUCUAAAAAUGUGAAGGUAGCUGGCCGUUGUUGAUUUGUUCCAGGUCGUCUUGGUGUGGCGGAUCCUUUCUCCCUCCCGGGUCCUGCGAUCAACUGACCCGCAGGCAGUCAGCCAUGACCGCUGACCACAUGAUCCUGCUGCAGUUCAGCAUGCACUGCUUCAAGAUCAUCUUCAUCUACUGCAUCUGCGUGAAUGUCCUGGAGCAUCUCGUGCAGAGGGUGCAGGAUAGCUGAUAGAGGGAAGGCGACGGAUACCGCAGGCCAGAAGGCGUGGCGAAACCCGAAAGCAGAAAGAAUUAUAAAAUAAACAAACGGCCCACUGGAUCACCUUUUUAUAUUUUUGGGAAUCGUAAAUCGAUGCGAUUUACGCAAACGAAAUAUAAUUUUUAAUGGGGCUUCAUUCGCCUUCCUGGCAUAAAUUACUCUGGCGGAGGAAAUUUAAAUUACCUGCGAUGUAAUUACACAAAAGAAUAUGCCAAUAAAAAUGACUUAUGUAUCAAU